AUGCUGCAGGAGACUCCUAAUAGCCACUCAGCAAUUUCCAGUCAACAAAGCUGCUAUACUAUCAAAGAGCCACCAUCACCAUUCCUCCGACCGGAUUUGGCUGUAGUUUCCGGAUGCCCUGCCGGAAGCGCACGAAAUCACGACCGUAUACAGAAGACCCCACCGAUGAUUGAACUAGUCGUAUCCUUCUA